UUCCGGUGAGCCUCUAGGGCGUCGGAGCGGAAGCGGCGGCGGCUGUUGCGGAGGCUGUGAGCUGAGCUGGUCGGCAGGCUCCUAUCCUAACGUUCUCUGGGCGAAGCCGCAUCUGCCUGUCAGAGGUAUCCACCAUGUUCUCCUUCAACAUGUUUGACCACCCGAUUCCCCGGGUCUUCCAGAACCGCUUCUCCACGCAGUACCGCUGCUUCUCUGUGUCCAUGCUCGCAGGGCCUAAUGACAGGUCAGAUGUGGAGAAAGGAGGGAAGAUAAUUAUGCCGCCCUCAGCCCUUGAUCAACUCAGCCGACUCAACAUUACCUACCCCAUGCUGUUCAAACUGACCAACAAGAACUCAGACCGCAUGACGCACUGUGGUGUGCUGGAGUUUGUGGCCGAUGAGGGCAUCUGCUACCUCCCACACUGGAUGAUGCAGAAUUUGCUGUUGGAAGAAGGGGGCUUGGUCCAGGUGGAGAGUGUCAACCUUCAAGUAGCCACGUACUCCAAAUUCCAGCCUCAGAGCCCCGACUUCCUGGACAUCACCAACCCAAAAGCAGUAUUAGAAAACGCAUUAAGAAACUUUGCCUGCCUGACCACAGGGGAUGUGAUUGCCAUCAACUACAAUGAGAAGAUUUAUGAACUGCGGGUGAUGGAGACCAAGCCUGACAAAGCCGUGUCCAUCAUCGAGUGUGACAUGAACGUAGACUUCGAUGCCCCACUGGGCUACAAGGAGCCUGAAAGACAAGUCCAACAUGAGGAGUCCGCUGAAGGUGAAGCUGACCACAGUGGCUACGCUGGAGAGCUGGGCUUCCGUGCCUUCUCCGGCUCUGGAAAUAGACUGGAUGGGAAGAAGAAAGGUGUAGAGCCCAGUCCCUCCCCAAUCAAGCCUGGAGACAUUAAAAGAGGAAUUCCCAAUUAUGAAUUUAAACUUGGUAAGAUCACUUUUAUCAGAAAUUCACGUCCACUGAUUAAAAAGGUCGAAGAGGAUGAAGCUGGAGGCAGAUUCGUCGCUUUCUCUGGAGAAGGACAGUCCUUGCGUAAAAAAGGAAGAAAGCCAUAAGUCGGGACUGUUGGCUGAUUGGAAAAUAAAAUAAUAAAUUGCAACAUAA